UUCUACUCUGUGACAUCACAAUAUCCAGCCAAUCUCAGCCUUGGCUACUGAGAAGGAGGUAACAGGAGGUUUAGCUAUUGAUAUAUUAGAGGUGGGACGCUAUCUGACAGAGCUAGAAGGAAUCAGCCAGCCAUGCCUCCAGUUCAGAGGGAUAACGAAUUGGCUGAUAGAGUAACAAAUGAAAAGUAAUCUGACUCCACUGACCUGCUUAACUCUGGAUGAGAACAAUGGAAAGGAGUAGCCUUUUGCUUUGAAACAGUGGAACAGCCUGAGAAAAUGGCAUGUAACAUACCUAACCAAAGACAGCGGACUAUGUCUACAUCUGGAGAAGCUCUGUAUGAAAUUCUUGGUCUGCCUAAGGGAGCAACAAAUGAAGAAAUCAAGAAAACCUACAGAAAAUUGGCCCUGAAACACCAUCCAGACAAGAAUCCAGAUGAUCCAGCUGCUGCUGAUAAGUUUAAAGAAAUCAACAACGCCCACACGAUACUUACCGACAUGUCAAAGAGAAACAUAUAUGACAAGUAUGGAUCUCUGGGACUCUAUGUGGCCGAACAAUUCGGAGAUGAAAAUGUUAACACCUACUUCAUGCUGUCAAGCUGGUGGGCAAAGACCCUGUUUGUCAUCAUUGGACUCUUGACUGGCUGUUAUUUUUGCUGCUGCCUAUGCUGCUGCUGCAACUGCUGCUGUGGACGCUGCCGACCCAAAUCAUCGGUGCCAGAAGAGGACUUUUAUGUGUCCCCAGAGGAUCUUGAGGAGCAGAUCAAGACCGAUAUGGAAAAAGAUGUGGACUUUCCAGUUGUUCUCCAGCCUACAAAUGCAAAUGAGAAAACACAGCUAAUCAGAGAAGGACCUCGAAGUUAUUGCACAGACUCUUAAUAUUGAGACCAUUGAGGGCCCACAAUAUCCCCUCUUGGUUCAGCCAUGUCUCCAGGUGGUCAUGGGUGGGACAGGGUAAGGGGCAUGAAAUGCUGUGAACUUUUCCACAUUCAUAUUUUAUUUUUUAGGUUAGGGAAAGAUGAUUGCUACAUAAUUUUCUCAGUAUGCAUUCUCAUUCCUUGAGUAGAAUUCCUAAUGAAACACAUUCCAUUUUGAUGAAUAAAAGCCUGAAGAGUUGUUUUAUGCUCCUCACAUGAGGUAAGAUGGUGGCACUGGACAGGCUUUAUGAGCCUGUCCUUAUGUGACCUAGAUCUAAUUCCUUACAGACUAAAGUAGCACUCCAAACAGAAGCCACUUCUCAUCUGUUUAACUGAAUGCAAUAUUCCUCUCUGCCACAAAUAUCUUUAGCAAAAUAUACAUGGAAAUUUAAGAGGAAUUGUGUGUGUGUGUGUAGAUUUUUCCCUGUCAAUGUUUAAUAUGGCUACAGAAAUAUUUCAAGAGGCAGGAAGAAAUUAUUACGUAAAAAAGACAACUAUCAUUUAAUUUUAAAGUAUAUUCUUUGAAAGAUUAAAAAUUGUCAUUUACUGAAAACUGAUGAGUAAAACCAGGAAGAAACAGGUUUUGUGUACUUUUAGACUGGCAUAAAAACAAAAACAAAAUUUCAACCUGGCUAAAUGUUAUAAAUGAUCUAGAAAAUCAUACUAAGCCCAAACCAGCCCCUAAAAAUAUGUUGAUCAUUUCUAAGUAAAAACAGUUUUUGUACAACUGACCUAUAUUAGACAGAGUGAGGAAAAGAAACAUAUAGGGUAAAAGGUAGAAUUCUAAACUCUACAGCCUAACUUUAGAUUUAAAGGCAUAUCAUUUACCCACUUUUGGUGGGAAUAAUUACAUUGACCAGAAAAUGCUCAGCUCUAUGCAUGUUGAACAAUUAAACUCAAAGGUCAUUUCUGCAUUAA